AUGGCCGCAACUCAGCAAAAGUGGAAGAUCGCCUUCGGCUGCGACGAAGCCGGUGUCGACUACAAGAACGCCAUCAUCAAGGACUUCCAGUCUGAUCCUCGUGUAGAGUCGGUCGUCGACGUCGGAGUGCCUUCCAACGCAGACAAGACCGCCUACCCGCACGUCGCCGUCACCGCCGCUCGCAAGGUCGCCAGCGGAGAGGUCGACCGUGCGCUGCUCAUCUGCGGCACCGGUCUCGGCGUCGCCAUCGCCGCCAACAAGGUCAACGGCGUCCGAGCCGUCACCGCACACGAUUCGUACUCCGUCGAGCGUGCCAUCCUCUCGAACGACGCUCAGGUGCUCUGCAUGGGUCAACGUGUCGUCGGUCUCGAGCUCGCCAGGAAGCUGGCAAAGGACUGGCUCGGAUACAAGUUCGACACCUCGAGCGCCUCGGCUGCCAAGGUGCAGGCCAUCUGCGACUACGAGGGUGUCUCCGACAAGCAGUAG